GAGGGCGAGGAAGAAAGCGGUUGGGAGAGGCUAGCGUCUUUCACAACGAAGAGAGAGAGCGGCGAAAUUUAUCACUGGUCGUUAUCGCUGUAUCUAGACUGAAUAUUGAGCCGAAUACCGCUAUAUUGACCGUUUUUUUAUUUUGGGGAAAGACGGUACGGGGAGUGCUUGGCCGUCGGUGGAAGAUAGACCGAGGAGUGGACGUCUUCUUGCCGAAGAGAGAAAGAAACUGUGUCCUUGAGCAGAUGGAGAGAGAGAGAGAGAGAGAGAGAGAGAGAGAGAGGCUGAGGAGUGGACGUCUUCUUGCCGAAGAGAGAAAGAAACUGUGUCCUCGAACAGAUGGAGAGAGAGAGAGAGAGAGAGAGAGAGAGAGAGAGAGAGAGAGAGAGACAGAGACUGAGGAGUGGACGUCUUUGCCGAAGAGAGAAAGAAACUGUGUCCUUGAGCAGAUGGAGAGAGAGAGAGAGAGAGAGAGUUUAGAGACGGGGGGGGGGAGAGUUUGAAGGAACGUAAGUUUUCUCUGCUUGCGCGGGGGGGGGGGGGGGGAGGUGAAGGGGGGGGGGGGGGGGGUAUAAGCUUUUGCACGCGCUCUUGCGUUAUUUUUCCCCUUUGUAAAGAUGUUCUGUUUUGUAACCAUGGUGCGAGUUCAGUUUGACCCUUUUUUGUGGCCACACCUCAUCCCUCUUUCGGUUUAUUAUUUCCGAGAGAGCGAGAGAGCGAGAGAGAGAGAGAGAGAGAGAGAGACGGGGAAAGAGUUUUUGACAGUUGAGAGUAGGAGAUAACGAGAGGAAAAGGAGGCAGAGGAAGGUUUCGACGGUUUUGGUGAAGCGAAGAGGAGGUGACGUCACUGGUAUUAUGAUGGGUUAUUGUUUAUCUACUGGAAGAUAACAACGUAUGUCGGGGUCUCGAUGAAGCGGGUUCGUGCCUGUGCUUGGCACGGUUGCCUCCUCCACUGGAAGAUGACGUAUGUCGGGGUCUCGAUUGUAAGCAAUUAAGAAGGAAUUAAUAAUGGCACAUUGCUGUUGUUUUUCCUUUCAGCUUUUGAUGUAUUGUCUUCACGGUUUAUGUAUUUCUACAAUUUUCUUGACCACCUUCAUUCAUUCGCUCAAUGGCUCUGUGUGUGUGUGUGUGUGUGUGUAGUAUAGUCCUUUGGGUGUUGUCUUUAUUAAUUUUUUUUAUGUUUUAUUUUUAUUUUUUUGGUGUCGUCUUUAUUACUUAUUUUAGAAUUGAUGAGACGGGACAAAGAAACUAUACAUGAUGAUGGGCCUAAGGUCCACUGCACAUCGCUCUAUAUGUUUCCGGACGGAAUGUCGACCACAUGCACCUGACUGAUCCGACAUAUGGAAAGAAUCGGGACCAUUUUUAGCUCCAGAUACAUUAUAUGCUUGCGCAGUGGAGCAAGGUCCGGUGUUGCCUUAUCUGUCAUGGAUUCUUCUGCUCAUCUGUCGGGACCGUCUUGCGGGGGUAGCAGCAGCUCUUGUACGGAACGGGGACUUCUCUCUGGAGAAGAUGCGUACGGACGGGGGUAAUUCGGCAAUUAGCUCUUGUACGGAACGGGGACUUCUCUNUCGGCAAUUAGCUCGUGUACGGAACGGGGACUUCUCUCUGGAGAAGAUGCGUACGGACGGGGGUAAUUCGGCAAUUAGCUCUUGUACGGAACGGGGUAUUCAGCAAGUGCUACCCUUAGCGGCGAUGUAUUUCUUACCCUUGAGGGGGACGUGUUGGGAGAGUGAGGGAGGGGGGGGGAAUCGAAGGGUGGCAAGAGCGCGGGAAACUAUGUGGGGCAAGAGCGCGGGAAACUAGGGGGGACGAAGGGCGGGCAAGAGCGCGGGAAACUAUUUGCGGCAAGAGCGCGGGAAACUAUUUGGGGCAAGAGCGCGGGAAACUAUGAGGGGCAAGAGCGCGGGAAACUAUGUCUUUCUGCUUUUCGGAAGUAGUCUCCUCUUUCUGGUGUCAGAGAGAGAGAGGCUUCUUCGCCAUGUAUAGAACCGGGUUUUGCGGCCAGGUACUGAGCUGAAAGAAAAUUUGUUUGGAAGAGUAGAAAGUGAAAAUGACGAUGAUGAAAUUGUUUACGGUUAUAGUUUUUUUUUUUUUUUUUUUUUCCCCUCUCUGGGAAACAGGUUCACCCAUCGGCGGGUGUCAUUUGUCGUCCUCUUCCGUGUUCUCGAGUGGGAUUUUUUGUUUCCCUUUUUGGGUAAGUGGGACAUGUUGUGUUUUUCCUUUUUGUGUAAGUGGGAGAUGUUUUUCCUUUUUGGGUAACUGGGACACUGGGUCAGUCAGAACUGCGGCGUAUAGGCUUUUGAAUCGCAUAGAUGAUUAUUCUAUAUGAAUGUCUUUCUACGUCAUAUGUAUAUAUAUAACUAACAAGUAAACUCGUAACAACAUAAAUUAUAAGCACUAACUAUAUGACCUGUGCUUGGAUCGUGAGUGUUUUCGACUAACCACCAGUCAGAGAAGAGAGAGAGAGAGAGAGAGAGAGAGAGAGAGAGAGAGAGAGAGAGUUCCGCGUACAGAGCACCAAGUGAACAGUCCUUUCUGUUCACUUUGUGAUUUGAGCGUAUAGAAUUGGAAAGGGUUGUUUUAUCUGAGUUCGUUUUUUAUCCGUUUGGUCCUUUUACGCUCGACGAAGCAUUCCAGGAGAGCCCUAGUACGACAGCGAGAGAGGGGUCUGCGUACGGUGACCGUGCUCUCUCCACAUGUCUCUGGACUGGUGUCUGCCGUUUUGAAUCGGUUUGCAUUAGCACAGGGAAUACUGGCAAGGACCUUUUUUCAAUGAGCUCUGGACGUAACUACGGUCAGAUACAUUUUGGUCCGGCUACAAUUAGAGUGGGAUACAUCCAGGACAGCCCUUGUGUGAGUAUGAUGUCAGGCAGCUGCUGCAGUGUGUGAUUGGGUUUCUCGUGAUCUUUUGUUUUCGACUUUUCGUUGUCUUUUUGGUUUUCCCCUUUUUUAUGGGUACAUCCUGCACCUGCUGCUCUGUGUGUGUGUAUGUGUGUGUGUGUGUGUGUGUGUGUGUGUGUGUGUGAGAGAGAGAGAGAGAGAGAGAGAGAGGGAGAGGGAUCUUUUGUUUUUCCCCUUUUCUAUGGGCGCAUCUUGCACCUGCUGCUGUGUGUGUGUGUGUGUGUGGGGAGAGAGAGAGAGAGAGAGAGAGAGAGAGAGAGAGAAUGCCGCUCUCCUGUCUGCCAUCUUCGAUCGUCUAAACUUACGUGACCGCAAUUCCGUCCAGAAAUAAGGGCCUCGCCACAUCAAUGUCGAAAUGAAAAAAGCACUAGGUG